AUGCCCAUCUCCAUACCCAAACUCGGUGCUUCCCUCGAAGGGUCCUCAAGUUUCUUGCCCUUGUCGCCUUCGAGCAGUCAAACACCGUCCACACUCUCGUUCCUCACUCGUAACCAUACCUUGGGAAAACAUCCGCGGAAACCAAAGACAAGCAUCACCAAAACCAACUCGAGCUUUGUGCAGAAAAUCGUCACCAACGAUCAACUCGCCAAAAUCUUGAUCGCACGCACCAGUGAAGAUACCAAUAUAUUCUACAACUGCGGCUCCAGUUUUAUCUGGAUGGACGCGUCAGGAGAACCCAAGGAACCGCUUUCACGGAUCAUUUUUUCUCGAGCGUAUCCCACUGCCCACGAUGUCAACAUGUUAACGCGCGGAUCGGACCAUCUGGACAUUAUCAUUGGAUUCACCUCUGGUGAUAUCGUUUGGUUUGAUCCUCUUUGCAACAAGUAUGGACGGAUCAACAAGGGAGGUGUGAUGAAUUCGUCACAGAUCACCAUGAUCCGAUGGUUGCAAGGCUCGGAAAAUCUGUUCAUGGCGGCGUUCCAGGACGGCUCUGUCAUGAUUUUUGACAAGGAAAAGGAAGAUGAACCGUUCCAUCCCGGUGAUGGAAGCACACAACUCAACGGUCAUGCAAGUGACGGCUGGUUUCGAAUAUCAAAAACAGCACCGAAAAUGGCAUUAAAAUGCAAUCCCGUAUCGCACUGGAAGCUGUCUGAUAAAUCUAUUACAGCUUUUGCGUUCUCCCCUGAUUGUCAGCAUGUGGCGGUGGUUGGCCUUGAUGGUCUGCUGCGUAUUAUUAAUUUUAUUCACGAAAAAUUAUACGAUGUCCAUGAGACGUAUUACGGCGGAUUAACAUGUGUAGCGUGGAGUCCUGAUGGACGUUAUAUUCUGGCGGGAGGUCAAGAUGAUCUUGUUACUAUUUGGGCGUUCCGGGAACAGCGCAUUAUUGCACGGUGUCAAGGUCACAGCUCCUGGGUGACAAGUGUUGCUUUUGAUCCAUGGCGAUGUGACGAUAAAGUGUAUCGAUUUGGAAGCGUAGGUGAGGACGCGAAAUUGAUCCUGUGGGACUUUUCAGUGAAUGCAUUACACCGACCAAAAACAAAAAAUGGGCGUCACCGUGGUGCGUCUGUAUCGUCCAUGAAUGGACCGCCUGCACCUUCCAUUGUAAGCGCUAUGCUUGAUCGUCCGACGUAUGUCCAUCCUGUUCCUUCCAAAACCGAGGUGGCAUUCCUGCAACCCACCGCGGUCAAGACCAUCCAUGCAGAUCCAUGUGUUGCCAUCUAUUUCCGUGAGGACAUGAUCGUGACGACAGACAAACGCGGACGAAUUAGUCUGUGGCAAAGACCCACCUAA